AUGUCUCGCGUGAACCUCUGGCAGGCUCAGUGGGAUGCGAGCAAGAAGUACAACGAGUACAAGAAAAGGAAAAUCCGCGAAUGGAGUUCUGCUGGUUACCAUGUCGGCACUGCAAGGGAUCGUGCCGGUGAGGGCGUCCUUCUCGGCAAGGAAGACGAGAAUGUUGCCGUUGAUCCCGAAGCUCUUCAACGCUUGGCCAAGGAACCGGUGAUUCUAAAGCUGGAUCGGUCCGGACGUGCCAUCAAAGAGGGCGAGAAAGUAGAUGGGUUGAUGCCUUGGUCAUACAAGACGUAUCGUGGCUUGCACUCUGCACAGGCGCCAGAAGGAUUGGAGGAUUUCCUAAGCAGAUACAACAAAAUGGACAAGAGUGUGGAGAGCAUCCUCGGCCCGCGAGCACUGGACGAGUUCAGGACGAACAUGGCAGUCUUCAAAGGGAAGGACGAGUACCGUGUGAUCCGAACGUUGACUUGGCCUGGAGGUGGUGCUACUGGUGGUGGGCCGACAUCGAUCAUGCUGAUCGGUGUUCUCGACAUGUCCUCCCGCAGUUCUCGCCUUGCGAGCCGUGCAGUGUAUGAGGUGCAGCCCUCGGCGCUGCUCGUGGAGCUUUGCAAGGAAAGGAUCGGGCAGCAGCUGAUCAUGCCUCGAGAGCACAAGGAGGCUGUGAAGAACUAUGCCCGUGGAUUUGCCACAACAAAUCCUCACCGCCUUCACGGAGAGCAGCAUCACAUCGACACCAUCCACGGAGACAGCGAGGCGCUCAAUCGCUGGACAAAGGGGGAGCCCUACGCGGAGGCUGUGAAGGAGUUCGUCUCACAGCCAGCUGGUGCGAUACCCAAGUUGCUCUGCCUUGGAGACGUUCGCAGCUCCACGAUGGAGCGAAUCCAGAAAGAGCAAGGCAAUGAAACGACGGUGAAGGACCUCACUCACUCACCACGAGCCAAGCAGCUUGCGCGUGGCAUCAUGUCUAUGGCAGCCUCUGGACACAAGGUGAUUUUAGCCAUCAUGGACACAGAUCGCGUGGGUCCUGUCUCAACGUGGUUGGAACGGGCUGGGGCUGUACUCCUAGCCGCCGCCGAUGCAUCAGACAUCGAGAACAAUCGAGAGAGCCUAGCGGCUGACAGCCGCAUGGGCUUGCAGGAGCGAAAGGCCGGCUCUCCGCAGGAACUUCGGCUUCGGGCUUCCAAGGUUGCCGCACAAGCACGGCACGCCCUCGAAUUGGAUGGUCGAGGACCACUGGGGUUCUUCCUGAACAACGAGGCACUCGAGUUUCUCAGCCGCCGGCAGCAAAGGCUACUGCAAAUGACUCGGCUGAAAGACCUCGUCCACCACACAACGCCCCGGAAACAUUGGGAGACGGCUGAAGAGCUCUACGUCGUGCGUCCCGGUGAGCGCAUCCCGGGUCCAGAGACGCUUCUCCCAGGUCAAAAGCCGAUUGGCCUCCGCUUCGAGUAUGACCGCUUGGAGAUUCCAGAUCAUUAUCUGCGAGAGGCCGGCAUGGAGAAGCACUCCGAUGCUCUCGCACAGCGUCUCCUGGAAGAUGGGGAGGCCCUGGAGCCGUUCGAUCCUACGGAGCUGUCCUGGUGGUCUUCUGGGGCAAUCGAG